CACACGCCGCCUCUCGCACACGGACGAUGGACGGACCCACCGAUGCCGAGAAGCUCCCCGUCACGAUCGUGACGGGUUUCCUGGGCGCGGGCAAGACCACGCUGGUGAACCACAUCCUCAAGGGCGACCACGGUAAGCUCAUCGCCGUCAUCGAGAACGAGUUCGGCGCCGUCUCCAUCGACGACGCCCUCGUCGGCGAGAACAUCAAGGAGCAGGAGAACAUCAUCACCAUGGACAACGGGUGCGUGUGCUGCACCGUCCGCGGCGAUCUCGUCCGAGCGCUGCUUACGCUCAAGGACAAGACCAAGAAGUUCGACCACGUCAUCAUCGAGACCACCGGCCUCGCCGAUCCCGCGCCCGUCGCGUUCACCUUCUUCAUCAACCCCGAGAUCGCGGAUCACUACCGCAUCGACUCCAUCCUCUGCCUCGCCGACGCUAAGCACAUCGGCCUGCACCUCGAGGAGGAGAAGCCCGACGGCGCCGUCAACGAGGCGGUGCAGCAGGUGGCCUUCGCCGACCGCAUCCUGCUCAACAAGAUCGAUCUCGUGUCCGACACCGAGCUCGCGGCGGUGAUGGAACAGGUGCGGUCCAUCAACGGCGUGGCGGAGGUGAUCAAGACCACCAACUCCGUCGUCGACCUCGACAAGGUCCUCGGGGUUUCCUCGUUUUCCAUCGAGAAGACCCUGGAGGUGGACCCGGAUUUCUUGGAGGACGAGGAAGGACACGCGGCGGCCACCGCGGCGCACGACGGCGCCGCGGCCGACGGCGGCGACCACGGCCACGGCCACUCGCACGACGGCGGCAAGACGGAAUGCCACGAGGAUCACGGCCACGGCCACGGCCACGGCGAGCCCGCCGCGAAGAAGCCGCGCAAGAAGAGGCACGACCUCACCGGCGUGUCCUCCGUCGGUAUCCUCGCGGAGGGCGAGCUCGACUUCAACCAGGUCAACACCUUCAUGAUGACGGUGCUCCAGGAGAACGCCAAGAGCAUCUACCGCAGCAAGGGUGUGCUGUGCUUCAAGGACCAGGGGAACACCAAGUUUGUGUUCCAGGGCGUUCACGAGCACAUCAACUUCGGACCCUCGUCGGUGGAGUGGGGCGCCGACGAGCCGAGGGUGAACAGGAUGGUGUUCAUCGGACGGAACCUGAACCGCAAGGAGCUGGAGGAGGGCUUCAGGGCCUGCCUCGUCAAGGACUGAGAGGCCGGCGGGGCGACUAACAUCCACCCGCAGAGAGAACUUUUUUAUUAAUAUGAUCACGGGGGCGACAAACGCCCUGCCCGUCCAUCAGUCG